UGCAGAACUGAUUCCUUUUGUUUUUCCUGUUUAGAAAGCGCCAUCCCCGCUGAAGUGGUAGCCGCAGUGGAUGUGAACACGACAGCAAACGAAAUUUAUAGGCACAACUUCCAAAAUACUCCACUGCUACCCAAAACCAUUGAAGGAAUGACAUUAAGUGAUUUCAAUAAACUGGACUUUGAUAUGAUUCUGAUGAGUCCUCCUUGUCAGCCUUUCACUAGGAUUGGAUUACAGGGUGAUGUAAACGACCCCAGAACAAAAAGCUUUCUCUACAUCUUGGACAUUCUGCCAAGGUUAAACAAGACGCCUCGAUUCAUUCUGCUGGAGAAUGUGAAAGGCUUUGAGACGUCCUCGGCAAGAAAUGCUUUGAUAAAGACUUUGCAGGACUGUAGAUACAACUUUCAGGAAUUCAUGAUAUCACCCACUUGUCUUGGAAUACCAAACUCAAGGCUGCGUUACUUUCUUAUUGCAAAAGAUAACCAAGAUUCCUUCUCAUUUCCGAAAACAUCAGAGAUUCUAGACGGCUUUCCGAAGUCAGAAACCAGCUCAGCCACAGACAAUCCCAUGAUCCCCGACAGCCAUUGUAGUGGUGCCAUUAGAGAAGACGAGGCUAUAAUCUAUAAAAUGGAGACGGCGCAGGAGUUGGAGAGGAAGAGGACUCAGGACAAUGAACAGACAGUGAAAAGACUAGAAGGUUUCCUGCAGAAGGAUGAACAAGGAACAGACAUGGACAGUUAUUUGCUUCCUCCGAAGAUCUUGCUCAGAUACGCUUUGCUAAUGGACAUAGUGAAUCCAAACUGCAGGAGAUCAGUGUGCUUCACUAAAGGAUAUGGGCACUAUGUGGAAGGAACCGGUUCUGUUUUGCAGUCGUGUACAGAUGUGGAACUGGAGAGCAUCUUUAAGUCACUGGACAUGUUAUCUGAGGAAGAUAAACUGCAGCAGCUGUCCCGGCUAAAGCUAAGAUACUUCACACCCAGAGAGAUCGCCAACCUUAUGGGCUUCCCACCAGAUUUCAGCUUUCCAUCAAAUAUCUCAAUGAAGCAGCAGUACCGGGUUCUGGGGAACAGUCUAAAUGUUCAUGUAGUGGCCAAACUCAUCAGUCUCAUGGUGUCAUGAGCAACACAUUUUUUAUGUUUAUUUGGAGUCCUUGAAGUUUUUAUGAUGUUCAGUUUUUGGAUUUGAAAAUAUCAAUAAAGUUGUAUAUAUUGUA